CACGAUUCAAGUCACCAAUGAUACGUAUCGAGUAUGGUACGAUUUUGACAGCACUAGGUUUGGCUCAUUGCUGAUACCACUGCUGUGGUUUGAAAGAUGAGACUUGCCUUGCUCGUCAGAGUUAGUAACAGCGUUAAUGUAGAAAACGACAUUACCUUUUCACCCCUAUUUGUCAAAAGCUAAUUUUUGUUGGAAAAUUAAAAUUUUAAUAUUAGUCAAAAUACCCUUUUGUCCAACCCCUCUUCUCUAUCUACUCUUUUUUUUUGAGAAGCAACAAAAGAUAUUUUACUCUUCUCUAUCUACUUAUUUCUGUUGCAAGUUCUCUCUCUCUCUCGCUUGUUCUUUCCAAACCAGAACCACAUCUUCUUAACUGCCUGUGUGGUGACCACCUUACCUUGGAUUCCACCAUCUAAAUCUCCAUUGUGAUCCUCAUGGAUCGACAUUCUCUGCAAAAUGAAGUGUCAUUGAAGGUUUUGACUGAAAAUCCCAUGGUUGUUGCUUAUUAGUAGCUUUGUCAGUAACCACAAUCCAAAGUCAAAACAUACUCUGGUUUCCGCUCUCUCUCCCCCUCCCUCUCUCCCUCCUUUGAAACCCCAAACACCACCACCAUCCUUCAUAAUUAUUUCCAUUGCCAUCAUUGUCCUGAAACCCUCCUCUGCCAUCAUUCAACACUGUGCUAAGGUACCGGCACAGCAGUUCCACCAUGAUACCGAAUUUAUAUUGACAAAUCCCAUUUUCAUUACCAUCAUCAUUAAUCUGGUCGCGACCAUGUCAUCAUUACGCGCUUAUUUCACUAGUAGCACAAACUGCUGCCAGUAGAGCAUGAAUGCUGUUCUGAUUAUCCCUUAGGUCACUUAUAAUUACUCUCGUCAGUUUUGUUUUUCUCUUCAUCCUCAAGUAUGCCCUCGUUCACUGCCAAAGUAAGGUUUUUUUUUUUUUCCUCCCCCCUGAGGUAUGAGUGAACUAAUAUUUCAUAACAUGAAAGCCAUAUUGACCCCAAGUUCUUAGACAGUAAAUUCAUGUCAAACUAAAUAAAUCAUAUUAGUUGACAACGAAAGGAUAAGAUAUGAGUUAUGAACGUAAUUACAAAUUUUACUUCAAUGCUGUAGAGACUGGCCUUACUUUCUGUUAUAAAAUUUUGGUUUGCUGUAGCAUGUUUAUAAAUGGUUUGACUAACCAAACACUAAAUCAGAUUUGUAAUUACCAGAUGGUCAUUCCUGUCACAUGGUCAGAGCUUUUAUGUUCCUUCCAAAAUUUCUUGCUUCUGUUAAAAGUUACAAAAACAGAGUAUUUGUUUUCUUUUUGGCAUGUAUUCUACAUUGAUUUUUGGUUUAUGGAAAUAGGAGGCCAAGUGAAGUUUACACCAACAAUUAUCUAAUUUUUUUUUUUUUAACUGCUGCAACACUUCACAAUAAAUACAUUUACCCUGAUAUUUCAUGUCUGCCCUAUUUCUAUUUGAAAUAUGGUUUUUUUGUCUUCUUCUUUCCCUUUUGUUUUUGUUUUAUUUUCUUGGACAGAGAACUCUGUCCUCUUUGGAGUUGCCUAGGGCUGUUGUUGCUAACGGGCUAUCCUCAUCAGUCUCAGUUGAUGAGUGCCCCUCAAUUGAUAAUUCAGAGAGGACUGAUGGAGGUGCCUUUGAUGGAACUGCCAGUCAUAUACAAAACAAUGGGAGGCGGAGGCAAAAGGUUCAGGAUCCUGCUCGAGAUCUUUCAAUUCAAGUAUUGGAGAAAUUCUCUCGUGUGACUAGAUUUGCUCGGGAAACUACUUCCCAGAUUUUCCGGGAAAGUCAUAGUGAUAGUUUUGGCACUAAUGAGAGGAGGACCCAUAACCUGACUCCCCACGAUUACCCUAGCAACGUGGCAUCCAAUGAUGUAGAAAAGGUUACUGAACAAAUUCCUGUAACCAAAGAUCCUUUGGAGAAAACACUGUAUUGGAAAAGAAAUGAUGAAGCAGAAGCUGCCACCAAUGUGGGAACUUUUGAGCUAAUCAAUUUUAAGGAGUAUGAUAAGUUAUCACUAGUUUGGGGAAAACCACGCCAGCCUCCCUUGGGGUCUGAAGAGUGGUUGACUUUCAUUGAUUCCGAAGGACGAAUCAUAGAUUCAAAAGCUUUAAGAAAGAGAAUAUUUUAUGGGGGAGUUGAUCCCGGACUGCGGAAAGAGGUUUGGCCUUUCCUGUUGGGAUAUCAUGCAUAUGAUUCAACAUCUGCAGAGAGGGAAUAUCUCAUGUCAGUUAAAAAGUCCGAGUAUGAGGCUAUUAAAAACCAGUGGCAGAGUAUCUCCACAGAACAGGCAAAAAGAUUUACAAAAUUUAGGGAGAGGAAAGGCCUUAUUGAUAAAGAUGUGGUAAGAACUGAUAGAUCACUUUCAUUCUAUGAUGGGGAUGACAAUCCAAAUGUGAAUCUUUUACGAGACAUACUGCUGACAUACUCGUUUUACAACUUUGACCUUGGUUACUGUCAGGGCAUGAGUGAUCUUCUAUCCCCAAUAUUAUCCAUAAUGAGGGAUGAGUCAGAAUCAUUUUGGUGUUUUGUUGCAUUGAUGGAACGACUUGGACCGAAUUUUAAUCGUGACCAAAAUGGCAUGCACACUCAACUUUUUGCAUUAUCAAAGCUGGUCGAGUUGUUAGAUAGUCCAUUACACAAUUAUUUUACGCAGAAUGAUUGCUUGAAUUAUUUCUUUUGCUUCCGAUGGGUUCUUAUACAAUUUAAAAGGGAAUUUGAAUUUGAAACAACAAUGCGGUUGUGGGAAGUAUUGUGGACACAUUAUUUAUCCGAGCACCUGCAUCUAUACGUCUGUGUUGCAAUCCUGAAGCUGCAUCGUAACAAGAUAAUGGGAGAGCGGAUGGAUUUCGACAAUCUCUUGAAGUUUAUAAAUGAGCUGAGCGGUAACAUUGACCUCAAUUCGAUCCUUAGGGAUGCAGAGGCUUUAUGCAUAUGUGCUGGAGAGAAUGGAGCAGCUUGCAUUCCUCCCGGAACUCCGCCUUCAUUGCCCAUUGAGGAAAGCUUAUUAUACCCUCAAGACGACGAUGUAUUGUAAACAUGGUUUUUUAUUUUUCAGGAAAUUGUCAUUACAUGUUCACAAAAUUAAGGAAGAUCCUGUGGUAUAUGUUUUUAGCUUGAUUGACAUCUUUUUUUUUUUUGUUUUCUAAUGAAAGAUACUUUUAUUUUGCAA